AUGGCCGCAUCAUCCGCAGAUAGCAGGUUGUUUGCAUUCCUCGAACAACAGAAGUCCAAACUGGAAGAAGCUCGCAAGCGGGCAGGGGAGAUUCCGAGAGACCGUGAUUCACGACAGACGCUUAUUGGUCUCCACCUUGCCCAAGAUGAAUUAAUGAAGGAGGACAAAGCUGCUGGGAAGCAGAAGCGGCUGUUUACUAUCAUCGGAGACCCUUAUCUGCCCUCAGCGGCGUGCCAUGAGAAGCUCCAGAAGAUAUUCAUCAAAGACCUUCAGCUUGAGACACACCAUCGCGGGCGAUACAUGUUACUGAGAUGUGCGGUGCCACCUAUACGGCAGAAUGCUAUCAUAAGCGUUGUUGAAGACGAAGCCGGCGAUGCUUCAACUUUUUCACUGUAUCAGCAAGAACCAGAACAUAUUCGACCCGCCGGAGACAUCUUGAAGGAAAAUGGUGUAUUAUUGCUAAAAGAGCCGUAUUUCAAAGUGACUGCGGGUGGAUACGGCCUGCGGGUCGAUCAUCCUACAGAUGUUAUGUGGUUGCUUGAUCAUCAUCCAAAAGUACCAAACGCAUGGAGAAAGAGUCAUGGUCUGAUUGGAAAGACGGUGGAGGAACUAAAGACCGAAGGAAACUCAUGUUUCCUUUCGGGCAAGUAUACAGAUGCUAAUAAGAAAUACUCCCAAGCUUCAAACUCCGGCUUGAUUACGCCGGAAGAAGAUGAACUCAUUCAUAACAACCGUGCUCUGUGCCACUUGAAACUUGGUAAAUACGAUGCAGCACUUGAAGAUGCAUCUUUUAUCGCAGACCACAAAGCUCGUUCUGACAAGGCGCAUUACCGUGGUGCCCUCGCUUUAUACGGCCUCGGUAAAUUUGAAGAGAGUAUCGUAUGGUUGAACCGUUUGAUUGAAAGUUUUCCAGAGAGUGUUGCAGCGAAACAAGGACGACAAGAACUAGAACGAGUCAAACUUCGGGUCGAAGAACAGAAGACUGGCAAGUACAAUUGGAAGAAAAUGUACAGAGACGCUAAACUGGGGCCAGUAGAUUGUGCGACUUACGACACCCCGGUCGAGGUUCGACAGGUGGAGGGCAAAGGCCGAGGAUUAUUUACCAACAAAUCCGUAAAGUGCGGAGAUCUCUUGGCCUGCGAAAAGGCUUUCUCGUACGUAUGUGCGUCAGAGAAAGGUUCCCCUGAAUCGUCUGCUGCAUUCGGUGCUCUGAUAAAUUUGACUACGAACCGUGUCAAAAUCGGUACUGACGCGGCCCAUAUCUCAAAUGUCUAUCAAAAGCUCUUAGACAACCCGUCUCGUGCACGUUUGUUCUUAGAUUCAUAUCCUGGCACAUACGAAGCAGGUCCAGAGAUGACUGAAGAUGGUGUCCCAAUAGUUGAUAGUUUUCUUAUUGAGCGGAUUGUUUCUCUAAACGCAUUUGGAUGUCCCAUCACGUCCAAGGAUCAAGAACUGUCCAGAAAGCAGGCAGGAGAGAUAUCAACAUCAUCUGGGAUAUGGCCGCUGGCUGCGUAUAUUAAUCAUUCCUGCAUUGCCAACUGUGCGCGCACCUUCAUAGGUGAUAUGAUGUAUCUUUCAAGAGUCGACGACUCUUUUAAUAGUGUCUCAACUCCCAUCAGACAGUGUCCCUACGCUCAGAAUAUUUCAGAUCGAGCUAUACUGACUUCGAGAUUUGACAUUCAGAUUAUGCGGGCAACUCAAGACAUCCCUCGAAAUACCGAAAUUACUUGGUGCUAUUACGAUCCCACCAAUCGUGCCGACCUCCAGAAAUCUCUUUUCGAAAACUGGGGCUUCAAUUGCACCUGUCCGGUUUGCACAGAAGAAGGCUUCACCGGAGAGGACAUAAAAUCACAAAGAAAUAAAUAUCUAACUAUUAUCAACUCGACACACAAAGCGGGAGGUCCCUUCUUUGACCAGCUAAAUCAACUAUACGGGCCUCCCGCCAAAGAGAUUCCUAGGUUCGAAGUGUUUCUAGCCUGCUACAAGGCCGCCAUGUAUUGGUUGCUUUCGGACUUCAAUCUAACAUUGGUGUUGAUGUUCAGCAAGAAAGCGCUCGAAGCUCUUGGUUUCGAGAUCGAAGGAAUCAAUGAGAGCAGGGGCGGUAAGCUGGUGGUGCGAAAACGGGGAGUUGCUGUUCCGGAGCUUCCUCGAUUGUGGUGA